GAGUGUGUGUUCAUUGUUCAGCUGAGGAAUUGGAAGUGAAACUCACAUGUAAACUGUCCACGAAAAAAAUACCAUUGCAAAGAAUUGCACUGGAUGGCUGGUUGCUGUACAGCUCUAAAUUCUCUUUGGCGAGAUUUUCGUCUGUCCACAGCAGUAAACGUCGAUUUAUGUGUUUUAUCACCAGUGUGCAGAGAUGGACAUGGACCGUCAAAAGCGCCAGGAGGGCAUUCGGAACGCCCUGGGAUUCAUACAGUCUUCUUUGCCUUAUCCAAAGCCUGAAGGCUAUAAGGGGUUUCUGACCCAGUUGGUGUGUAACUUGCUGGAUGAGGGGAAUGCAAUGUUCAGGGAGGGUGAGUGGCAGCAGGCCAUAAAGGACUUCAGUGAGGGUGUUAACGUGGCCCACUAUGCCCAGGCUGAGUCUCUAGAAAUUCCCUCAGCCCUGCUGGAGAGUCUGUAUUUCAACAGGGCAGCAGCCUACCACAGCAUGGGGGAGUAUGAGCAGGGUGUGCAGGACUGUGACAGUGCGCUGGCUCUGUGCAAAGACAGUUGCAGGGCACUCUACAGGAAGGCUCUAUGCCUGCGGGAGCUGGGCCGUUUCAGAGAGGCCUACAACUGCAGCACGGGCUGCCUGCUCACUACGCCUAACGACAAACAUGUGUAUGAGUUGGCACAGGAGCUAGCUAACAAACUGGGCCUGAAGAUACGCAAAGCCUACAUUAGCACACAGGAGUCGGCCAAAUCUGAGAAAAGUAAUGGGAACUCAGCUCAUUUUGCAGGAGAGAUGUAUGGCAGUGGUCUGGAUUCCUUAAGUGACAUCUCAUCAGUUGGUAUCUCCUGCAAGCCUCUAUCUGCCGCUAUCCCAGUUAGUGAUGAAUCCUCUCCCUCUGGUCCUCUUGUCUACUCCAAACGUCUGGGUAGCCCUGUCCAAGGCCCACGGCGGUUUCCCAUCUCUGUGCCUGAGUCGGAGAACCUGGGUGACAGUGAGCUGAUGGGAGACGAUCUAGACAGCCUGCUGGACUGUAUUCCCCCCCAACGUGCCUUUCCCAUCAUCCUCCCCAGCUCAGCUUGUGUCCCAUUUCCCUCACGCCUGCCCGCCCCCUCGCCCCGGCUCCCCCCAGCCUUCUUCAACUCAGCCAUCAGCCAGCUCAACUCUCUGGACACAUUCCCAGGCCUUGGUGGUGGGGAUGCCCCGGCUCCCACAACAGCACUCUAUUCACUUGAUGCCUUAGAUGCCCUUGACAGUUUCUACCCACUUGGGGGUGCAAUAGCAGCCAAACCAGUGGUGGUGGGGGGAGGGGGGCUGGACUCCCUCUCUGAGUUCAACCUGCCUGGUGCAAGAAUCUCCCACAAUGUUCUCUCUGCAACACAUUCGCCCAAGAAGUCCAACCACACAGUGGUAAAGAAUGGCCAGGUCUCCUCCAAGCUUUCUCAGCUGACCAAGAACCCCCUAGCAGCCACCCAUGACUUCAUGCAGGCCUGUGCCACGUGCUACAGCUGGAUAGGUCCAGGGGUCCUGGACUACCAGCACCAGGCAGAAUUGGCCCACCGUUGUAAGCGGGACAUUCUUCUGUGCAGGAUCAGGGCUACAGAGCACCCUGUCUGGAACAGGGUGCGACCCCGCCCCACGCACAAUUUUACUGGGCCGUUUGUGCUCUGCAAAGAGGUGCUGGAGACUCAGAAGUGUAAGUAUAGGGAGGGCUGUACGUUUGCCUACUGCCAGGAGGAAGUAGAUGUGUGGACCCUGGAGAGGAAGGGAGCCCUGAACAGAGAGCUGCUGUUUGACUCACAGAGCCCCAACAAUGACAGGCUUAGCAUCACAUGCCUGCUGAAGCUCCACAACGGCAUGUUCAUGUACCUCUGUGAGGAGUGCUAUGACAGUAAGCCCAGGAUCAUCAGUAAGCACAGCAAGGAGGUGCCGUCCACCUGCUCCAACCCCUGCGCCCGACACCCAUUCGACAAAAACAAGUGCCUGGUGCAUGCGGUGAGGUCCAGCAGCGUGCACUACACUAAGAUCCGCCCGCUGUACACCCAGUGCCAGUUGGACGUGUGCCGCCAUGCCCAGCGCUACGGCUGCCAGCGAGAGGACAGCUGCUCCUUUGCCCACUCUGCCAUAGAGCUCAAGUGCUGGAGGCUGCAGCAAGACUCUGGCAUCACUCAUGAAGAAAUUGUUCAGGAAUCCAAGCGACACUGGCAUAAACAGGAGCAGAUCACGCACAAACCCAAGCCGGUGUACAUGCCACCACCAUCUUCAUCCUCAAGUGGUGGAGGUGGGGGAGGAGGCUAUUGCUUGAACCUGAAGAGGAAGUUUGUUUGUGGUCAGUGCUGGAGGGACGGGCUGGUCAGCGAGCCGGACAAAGCGCUUAAGUACUGUGCAGCCAAGGCCAGGCACAGUUGGACGAAGGAGCGUCGGGUGCUGUUGGUGAAGUUCUUUGAGGGAAAGAAGUGGGUGAUGGUGCGGACGUUGCCUUUUGCCAAAACCUACCCCCAGCAGUAUGACAUAUGUGCCCAUGUGGUGAAGCAGAAGAAGUGCCACUACAUUGGGAACUGUGCCUUUGCCCACAGUGAAGAGGAGAAGCUAGUAUGGACUUAUAUGAAGAACAAUGGCUUGAAGGAUAUGCAGCAGAUGUACGACAUGUGGCUUACAAUGACGAAUCAAAACCAUCCGCCGGAUGACACCCUGAUCACCCAACCCGUAGAGGAGAAGCAAAUUGUCAUGCCAACCGACUAUGCCGAGCCAAUGAGCGGCUUCCACUGUCGUCUGUGUGGGAGGCAUAGUAACAGUGAGCGCCAGUGGCAGCAGCACAUCUCCUCAGAGAAACACAAGGACCGUGUAUUCAGCUGCGAGGGAGAGGACGAGAGCCUCACCUGGACAUACCGCUUCCCCGGACUCCGCCUCACCCUUUGUCCCAGGCUGGAGAGUGGCUGUCCUGAGGGGGUGAGCUGUGACUACGCCCACAGUGUUGAGGAGCUGGUGGAAUGGCAGGAGAGGCGAGAAUUCCUGCGGCGGAAGCUGGGCAAGGCCCGUAAAGACAUGCUCAUCAGGCCAGAUGAGUUUGACUUUGGGAAGUACAACUUUCUCCUGCAGGACUGAAGCCCCUGACACUUGUACCUGUAAAUAGACAGCAGUCUCUGUUUUGUUGAAAACCUUGGGGUGUAUUUUCUUCAUUAGUUAACAGUUAAUACAGUUUAUACCUGUUUGAGCUGG